ACUGUAGUUUUAACCCCGGCCAAACGUCUGUUAUUUUACGAGCUCUCCACCAGCUCCCGCACUCAAAACAGAUGACAGCAUUGACCAGAAAGACCAAAGAAAAUGUACACUACUGUUACAGCGACUCUCGGGGUAUAAUUUGUGGACCAUGCCUGAUUUAAACUCGACAUUAUGGUAAUGUGGAGACCGAGAACUGUCGGCUUUCAGACACACAGGCGACAGUAACCUAUCUUUAAGCGCAUAUGUUGGAUUUUCUUUGAUAAACGGAUGUGUCAUUAUCAGCGCACAGACCCUUCGGCGUUAGCGGGUAUGUUAGCCGCAUGACAGCGGGCUAUUUGAAACCUUCGCCGACGUUAAAAUAGCAAAUUGCUCACAAGAAGUUGCAGCAAUGGCUUCGGCGUUGAGUUGCUUCAGUGGUCCCGAGGUUUUGGAGGACGUGAAUCACGCUCGGGGUUUGAUGAAAGAGCUGAAACUGCUGUACGACUGCCGGCUGCUCGGGGACGUUACUAUCGGGGUCGAGUGUGAAGAGGAGUCGCCGGAGCACAGCGGAGAGACACCCAGAGGUGACAUUGACCAACUUUUCCUGUGUAGCCGCAACGUCCUCGCCGCUGCCAGCCCUUACUUCAAAAGCAUGUUCACCGGGGGACUGAACGAGAGCAUGCAGGAGAGAGUGGUCAUCCGCGGGGUGGACGCUGAGUCCAUGUCCGUCAUCAUCGACUACUGUUACACCGGCAGGGUGACCAUCACGGAGAGCAACGUCCAGAGGCUGUACUCGGCGGCCAACAUGCUUCAGCUCGAGUACAUCAGGGAGGCUUGCUCCAGUUUCAUGACCAGGAGGCUGGACCACUCCAACUGUGUGGGGAUACUGAAGUUUGCGGACACCUAUGACAAUCCUGAGUUGAAGGAGAAGGCGCAAGCUUUCAUAGCCAGGAACUUCAGCCAGGUGUGCAAUGGAGGGGAGCUUUGUGAGCUGGAUCUGAUGCAGUUGCAGGAGCUGUUGUCUCUGAACACUCUGGAUGUGGACUGUGAGAGGAAGGUGUGCUCAGCUGCUUUGCAGUGGAUAGAGGCCAACGCUCCGCAGAAAAGGGAGGAUGCACUGCAGGCACUGAAGUGUGUGCGGUGGAACUUGUUCACGGAGAAGGACAACUGUUACCUGGAGGGCCUCAUGGCCAGGCCUUUAAUUGAGAAGUACCUUGCAUCUUUCUUCAACAGGUCUGCAGAGGACAGCUGUGGAAUGGCUGCACCUCUGGAUGUACCAAAACACAGAAUAGGUGUAAGUGCGAAAGAAAUGAUUCUCUUCUUCGGCCUACCCAACGACAACAUAAUGUGCUGUGACCCUUACUCAGAGGACCUUUAUUUCAUGGCUCCUCCUCUGGAAGACCUCAGCAGUCAAGAUUACAAGCGUUCCACCAUGGAGUCCUUAAUUGCCUGUGCCACACCUGAAAACAACUUGUUUCUAGCCUCCCACCUAUCUAAACACUUCUGGCUGUACAACCCCGUGCUCAACAGCUGGCAGGAGUUGGCAGAGAGACCACUUGGGAGGAUACACUCUGGGAUGGGCUACCUCAACGGCCAUGUGUACCUUCUGGGAGGAAGAAAUCCUGUGACAGAUGCCAGACUGAAGGAGGUCGAGUGCUACAGCGUCCAGAGGAACCAGUGGACGUUUGUGGCUCCUCUGCCUCAUUCUUUAGGUAAAAUGCAGGUGGUGGCAUUAAAUGACCACUUGUAUGUGGUGAACAAACGGAGAAUGCUUUGCUAUGAUCCAAAGAGGAACCGCUGGCGCCACUGCGGGUCACUCAGAAGAGACAAGCUUCACAAGGCUUGCGUGUUUCAGGACCAGAUCAUUUGUGUGUGUGACAUCCCAGUGGUGAAAGCCUACAGCCCCACGAGGGGGGAAUGGAAGAGGUUGGGGGACAUUCCUAUUGACAGCCGUGCUCUAAAUUACCAGGUGAUCCAGCACAACAACAAGCUGCUCCUUCUCACUCAGACUUUACUGCAGCACAACAAAAACAGGGUCCUCAUCCAUGAAUACGACCCAGCCAGGGACACGUGGAAGAAUGUCAUGGCUGUGUAUGUGUCCACCCUGGGGCCAGUGUGUGUUUCAACACGCGUGUACCCAGCAUGCCUGGGCUCUGCGCACAGCUUCUCUACAGAGGAGGACGAUGACAGUGGCUCCAGUGCCGACUGGGACUUUGAUGGGUUGACAGACGCAGACUCUGACUCUGGCAGCUCUAGCUCUUUCUCAGAUGAGAACUGGUAAUGAAAAUGUGUUACUGUGUCAAAGAAAGUUUAAGUUAUUUGUAAUUUAAUUGAUCCAUACAGGGUUCUGUCUGCCAGAAGAGGUCAGAGAUAAAUAUCCAGUACAGUAUUAAUGCAAGCCAUGUACAGUAGAAGCCAUCAAAAUCUUCACGUCUUGCUAAUCAUUAUUUACACAAGGAAAGUAUUACGUCCUGCCAGCAUGAAGGACAGUAUGAUGUCUGGUAGAGUAUGUUUACACAAUAAAUGAAAGACAAAUAUAUGAUAGAAACAUAACUGUCCCUCCAGGAUUUCACAGGCUUUUUAGGGAUUGUUUUGGCCUAAAAUGCCUGAUUUAACGGCAGCUUUUCUAAAAAUUUCGAUGCAUGUUAUGCUGUUUUUAGGCACUUAUUUUGAAAUGAAACUGUGGAAGAAAGUGAAAACUUUCUUUGGUAUAAUUCCUUAAAAAUCUAAAGAAAUUUGUUCCAGUGAGAAUAAAAUGGCAAAAACGUUUUGCGUGGGGGGACUGCUAUGACUGGUGAGAUUCACAGAAAACUACCACUGGUCAAAUCUGCGGAAAAGUUGCGAUGAUUGGAAAAAAGGUCACACAGAAUUCACGGGGAUUGCAUGAAUUUGCAUUAAUUGUUGCGAUUGCAACGUUGCAACUUGCUGCAGAGACCGGCAAAGGUUCCCGUAUAGAGUGGGUGAUCGGCCCUCAUAAUUGAGCACAUUAAUGAGGGCAGCUGAAUGAAGGGUACUCCAGAGAUGUAGCAUUACACUUCCAUAAAAUUAGGCGAGAGACAGAUUAACAAAGAAUGGUCAAAAGUCAAAGCAGCAGCGUCUGCUAUAUCUUGUCUCUAAGGUCAUGUUCAAAAAAACACUGAAUCCUACACCUCCCAUAAGGCAGUGGUGAGCCUUUGCAGGGUAGAUAUACAAGACCAGAGGGAAAAUGUGGUACAAAACUUAGCUUAUCACAGCAGAGAUGUUUUAACUUGUCAAACACAGCAGGUGUUACUGAUAUGAUAAUUAAUUGCCAGAACUGAGCCCUCAGUAAUGUUAUUUCUUCCAUCUGUGCUCUCCCUGACACGACAAGUCACAAUGUCUGCUGGGAAAAAGGUCUGUGAAUUUAAUUGCUCUGGUGCUACCAAGGCUAUCAAAAUUCACGUCGGAAGUAAAAUGACAUUUAAAGUACAAGAUAAACAUACUUUUGACAGGGUGGAGGGAAAAAAAGAAGAAAAAAAACUGCUGCUGUUCAUCAAGCUAACACUCAGUCAAAUACAAAAUACAAAGACACCCAUUCCUGCUCUUGACUAUACUGCUAAUAUAGCAGGAUAUCUUUUGUGUGUAACAACUCAGUUAACCACAUUUUCUAAUUUCCUAAAGGGGGCAUAACAAAAACUGUUGGGAACCACUGCCAUAAUGCAACUUAAUUGCUUUUUGUUUGUCAGACGCUUCCUGCUUGGUUAACACCCUCAGUCUUCGCACUCAGCCCAGGCUGAGUAGCAAUCUUUGACGUGUAAAGUGGGUUGAAGGCCCCUUUAAUGCUCGUGUUGUGUUAAAUAAAGACAAGUUUGUGACAGAAAUAUUUGCUAAUAACAUUUUUAUUUAGCUAAUUAAAUGAGUACACCUGCCUCAGAUUGGUGUAAAAUCAUGACUGUGACUUUUGGGACAUCAGGCAGCUCAAGUGCCUCAUGUUUAUGACAAACAACUGGUCAUUUACAGGGCUUUAACAUUUGCUGUCCUUUUUAUGUUGUUAAGACGUCACACGCAGCCAGUGUGAAAUACUACAGUAUGAAAUGUAGAAGCCAAUGCACUGUACGCACACUCAGGUUCAGGCUUCAGCCUGUAUGCCAUGAUUGACUUAUUUUUUUUUUUUUUUUUGAUGUAGUAAAAUGAGGUGGUUUUGGUGACAAAUGAUACAUUUUAUGAAAUUUCUUUUAUUGAAUGUGUGACAAAGGGUGUGUGAUUUUUCUUUUGUAAUUUAAAAUUUAUGUUGCAGUCAGGAAUCCAAAUUCACAAAGUGUUUUAAGUUUUGUUCGGUCCUGAUGAAUUGCUUUAGUUGAAGGAUUUUAUCUGCAUGUACUAAAACUGUUUGGAAGUUAAGCUAAAAAAAAAAAAACGUAAUCAGACAUCCCCAUACAUUCAGUUGCCAGUUUAUUAGCUUUGUUGAAACACAUAAGUGUUUCUAAUCAGUUGUACACAAAAUAUUAGUUAAUAUACGAUGCAAUACCACAAACUACAGCCUCCAAAACAACCAUUACGUUGGAAUAACCCCUCUUUAAAACAAACAGUGAACAUUAAAACCUAAAUUUAUUACAUUAGUUUUAGCUAAUAAACUGGUAAAGGAAUGUAUUUAUCACUGGUGUCUCUGUAUGAUGGAUACAUUAUUGUGUGUGUGUGUGUGUGUGUGUGUGUGGGAAGGGGAAGGGGUGAUUUGCUCUGGUAACACAUGGUCUGGAUUGUGAAGUUCUUUUGUUGUAUGUGUCAAAUAAACAAUGUCUGAUGUCUGAGGAUUUUUGUUGUUUGAUUUCAAUAAAUUAAAUCAACAA